AUGCACAUCCCAACCUUCGUCACUCUCUCCCUCCUCGCCCUCCUCGGAACAGCAGCAGCAUCCCCCACCACGGCAGGGGCGAAGGAGAAGCCGCUGGCCGCGCGGGUGAACAUCCUACCCAACGGCGCGACCUGCAACAAGGACGGGAGUUUGGGGGUGUGCCAGAGUAAUUUCUGCAUGCAAAACGAGGGAGCUGCGACUGGAGUUUGUCGGUAAAUAAAUGGUCGGACUGCCGAAGAAAGGGAAGGAAG